CGCGUCAGCGACUCGAGUGAUUCAUCGGUGACAGAGGAACCGGCUACCGGCAGAUCAGCGCUCUUCAGCCACACAGAAAGAUGUGUGCCAUGCGAACGUGAUGGUCGUGGAUGCAAGGAGCUUCAUCAGAGAAAAAACUCAAUCAUAAAACAUCGUUAAGUUGAGACCUAGCCUGUACAGUUCAUCAUGGGUGGAGCAGUUGUAGACACUGGUGACAGCGGGGUCAAAGCACCGGAUGGAGGAUGGGGUUGGGCUGUCCUCUUCGGCUGCUUCAUCAUAACCGGUUUCUCAUAUGCCUUUCCAAAAGCAGUCAGCGUAUUCUUCAAAGAGCUUAUCCGGGAGUUUGGAGUGGGCUACAGCGACACCGCUUGGAUCUCCUCCAUCCUUCUCGCAAUGCUUUAUGGCACAGGACCUUUAUGCAGCAUCCUAGUGAACCGAUUUGGGUGUCGCCCUGUAAUGAUGGUUGGAGGUCUCUUUGCCUCAUUGGGUAUGGUCUUGGCAUCAUUUGCAACCAACAUCAUCCACAUCUAUCUCUGCACAGGAGUCAUCACAGGUUUGGGCCUUGCUCUGAACUUCCAGCCAUCCCUCAUCAUGCUGAACAGAUACUUCAGUGAGAAAAGGCCCUUGGCCAACGGGCUGGCUGCAGCUGGAAGUCCUGUGGCUCUGUGCUGUUUGUCUCCACUUGGGCAGGUUCUUCAAUACAAGUACGGCUGGCGUGGAGGCUUCUUGAUCCUUGGAGGAUUGCUGCUCAACUGCUGUGCAUGUGGAGCCCUCAUGAGGCCCUUGCUGGCACCCAAAAAGACCAAUGAAGUUGAGGAAAAACAAAAGGAAACAAAACCUAAGCCCAAGCUUCUUGACUUCACCGUCUUUAAAGAUCGUGGCUUUUUGAUUUACACCAUUGCUGCAUCCAUUAUGGUACUUGGUCUUUUUGUGCCUCCUGUGUUCGUGGUAAGCUAUGCCAAGGAAUUGGGCAAUGAGGACACCAAGUCUGCCUUGUUGCUCACCAUACUAGGGUUCAUUGACAUCUUCGCCAGGCCCACAAGUGGCAUCAUUGCUGGGCUCAAGUGGGUGAGACCACGAUGUGUCUACCUCUUCAGUUUUGCUAUGAUCUUCAAUGGCACCGCUGAUAUUCUCGGCUCCUUUGCCAAAGACUAUGCAUCUCUCGUGGUGUUCUGCAUUUUCUUUGGGAUCUCCUAUGGGAUGGUUGGAGCCUUACAGUUUGAAGUGUUGAUGGCCAUUGUGGGAACUGAGAAGUUUUCCAGUGCUAUUGGCUUGGUGUUGUUGGUCGAAGCCAUUGCCGUGUUGGUGGGACCACCCGGAGCAGGUCGCCUUCUGGACGCCACAAAGAACUACAUGUACGUCUUCAUGCUGGCUGGGUGUGAAGUGGUCCUCUCUGCACUUGUUCUGGCCAUCUGUAACUUGCUCUUCAUCAAAAGGAAGCCCCAACAGCCUGAUCCUCCAGCCAAGAUGGAGAUGGCCAUUACAGAGACUGAGAUGGAGGAGCUGAACAAGGCACCAAAGGACGACCAAGACAAUGGAGGCAGUGCAGAGAAUGGAAAGAAACAAGCCAUUGAACCGGAGACCAAGACAACAUCUGAGGAUGAGGUCAAAGAGCCAGAAAACAUAGAGGUGGACUCCAUAGAAGUGGAAAAUGCUUCCAAAAAAGUGUCCGAACCAAAUGGUGUGGCUGUAGAGCCAGAGUCCUCUCUGUGAAGAUGCUAGAACAUUAGAAAGGAUGGCACUUCCCCUGUAGGACUCAGGGAUGUGUUUGAUGUUGUGGUGUAUGCUUUUUGUAUCACGCUUCCAGUGUGGUUGCAGAGGACCGCUUUCAGACCUGCUCUGCAGUUCAGAUGUAGCCCAUGCAUCAAGAGUUAUUGAUUUUUAAGGCUGAUCACUGCCUAGUGGGCGAUCAGGCUCUUACCAAAAAGAUUCUGUAUCUACUGUGGCACUAGAUUAUUUAUUUUUGGUCAGGAUCCACUCCACAUCAGAGCAGGUCACCAACAAUAUACUGAAGAAUAACAGCUUGCUUCUACAGUAUGUGGCAUUCAGUGUUUGCUAAUGUGGAUUGCUGGUUUGUAUCCUUAUCUAUUCAGUUUUUAAACUGGUCCUGGGAGAGCACAGAUUUUUAAAGGUCAUGACAGUCCUGCAUUUCAGACAAGUUUUUAAAUUGGACUUUGUUCUAGAGCAAGGGUGUCAAACUCAGUUCCUGGAAGGCCACAACUCUGCACUUGAACCUAAUUAAACUCGACUGAUCAAGCUAAUUGAGUUCUCCAGGCUUGUUUAACCUAUGGAUAAGUGUGUCGAAGGAUUGGAACUAAAUUUUAGAGAACUGCGACGCUCCAGGAUCUGAGUUUGGCACACUUAUUCUAGAGGAAUGUAGAGAAUUCAGAUAUGCUGGAGUAUUUUUGUGACUCAAAGUAUAUAACUGUUUUAAGACAAGCUUCUAUAUUUUUAUAGUGGUUUUUAUUUGCUCUUAAUGUUAGUUUUAACUUUCUGGUGUAGAUGAUCAGUAUUUUUAUCAAAGUGUCGUUGUCAGUUGGCAGCUACACUUCAUAUUUGGAUCUAUAUUCAUCUAAAUGUCAGUGUUUUCAGACCAAUUGCAUCAAUCAGAUGGAGUGGACCACAGCUUGUACUUUUUUGAUUUAUGUAGAUUUAUGUAACCGCAUUUCUUCUAGUUUGUUCAAUGUUGACUUGCUUUUUUGUGGGAUAUUAUUUUUGUAAUGAACCUAAUAGUACUUUAUGAAGAGUACAGUACAGAAACUCUUCUAAACCAUACCUCAUUUUCGCUUUCACCAGCAGUUUGUGAGUAGGGACCCUCUUCUGUGUUCAGACACUUGAGCUAUUUUUGGUUGUGCCUUAAGUCUUGUAGCAGUACACAAUUUGUGAAAUAUUUAAGAAAUAAAUGCACCCUCUCCACUCCA